AUGACUGCAAAAACCAGUAGGAAGGAGCGAGGCAGCAACAGCGGGCAGCGGCAUGGGGCAACCGAAGCUGCGAUGAACAUGUGGAAAGUUCGGAAAGCUGCUUUAAAGGAGGCUCAUGCUGCGGAACAGUCCUUCAGGGAAAAAGAACCUGACCGACAUGUUACUCCAUUCGAACCGACAAAAUUUGGUGGCUGCGUCCAGGAAAUUUCGGAUUCGCAUUUCAGGCACAGUGUUGUCUCAAUUUCUCUGCUUGCGGGAGACACGAUAGUAUUCUCAUGCUCGGGAACAGCCGUACGACACUGGAACAAUAUAAUACAAGAACCCCAUACAGUAUUUGUGACUACCUCACGUUUGGUGGUGGAAUUUGAGAAUAAGAGAACCAGGGAUGAUAAUUUUGUGGUUCAAGUCUGUCGUCCUGAUGGUACAACUAUCCCUGGGUUCUUGGGAUUGUGGGAUGAAAAAAUGGAAAUUGCUAUUGUCACGGCCUUCAACAGCCGACUCGUCUACCCUGUGGAUACAUGUGGCCCUCUGGAUCUGCACCGAGACGCAGACAAGCUUAAUCUAUUUGCAGCUGGCCGUCACUUCGAUGGCACUUUGAUGAGCAUAAGAUGCAAUGAUCCUCGUUUCAAAGAUGGCCUUUGGUUUUGCGAAUGUAGUAUCACAGAGGCUGGACUUGGAGGGCCAGUUAUACUAUUUAAUGGUGGUGAAGGAUGCUUUGCUGGGGUGAUAACUAAAUUGUGUCAAGGCGGUUUCUUGUUCGUACCAACUCAGUUACUUCAUGAACGGUUGCAGCAAUUUGAGAUGCCCAGUAACACUACCCAGUUCCGUGAAUAUUCUUUGCCUCAGGGUGCAUCCUGCGUUGUCCCUUCAGGAUUUAAGGUCAGGUCUAAGAUGCUAGAGUCUUUGGGCUACCCCCUACCACCACCACUGGUGUUUGAGUUCAAUGGGCGAUUAAUUGGUACGUUUGAAGAAAGGUUUGGUGAACUUCAUGUCUGGAAAGGAUACCGUUUAGACAUCUACGCCAACUAUGAGAAGCCUCUCUGGAAGCAGCUUGGAAAAAAAGUUGUUGAGCGUGUUUCUAAAAGUGUUGUCUCAGUUGCUUCAUUCAAUGGUAACAACGUGAGGUGUUUUGCUUGCACAGGCUUGCUUAUAACUAUUGAGCACCGCAUGUUUGUCCUUACUGCGGCCAGUUUGGUUAGAACUGGUGAUGCUAAAAACAACAUUGAUCUGAACUUGAUGAUUAAGGUGUUUCUACCGCCAGAACAAUCGGUGGUGGGGAAAUUGGAAUUUUACCAUCAAGAUUACAACAUUGCCGUUCUCAGUCUCGAGGAUAAUCUCACUGAUGUUUGUCCACAAGAUAUCUUCGUAGCCACAAGGUUAUCUAAAUCUGAGGUGGUUGCUAUUGGGCGUACAACUAAAGAUAAUGGUGGGUUAUUGAUGGCCUCAAAGGGUAACAGGAAGUCUAUAAUAAGUUCAAGAAACAAGGAUCCGGGUUCAGAACUUGAUUGCAAAGAUCUCAAGUUCUCAACUUGUCAAAUCAAGAAGGUUGGGAUUGGAGGGCCCCUUAUUUGUCUUGAUGAUGGGAGUUUUGUUGGCAUGAACUUCUAUGAUGAAAGUGGAACGACUCCUUAUCUGCCAAGGAGCAAUAUUGUAAAAGUUUUAAAGAGAGGGAAUAAUCUUCUGUCACAAGGAAAAUUGCUCCCUCCCAUUAGCCUUGACACGAAGAGAGGUGGUAAUGCUGCAGAGAGGAUCCGGUGGACUGUACCCAAGCCAUAUUGGUUUAUUGCUGGUCAAGUUGAUGUUCUAGGCCAUCUUGUUGGUAAAGUUCCCAUGUAG